AUGGAUACAAAGUACAAAGAGUAUAACCCUUUCAUAAUGGCACAUAAUGUUAGGCAAGUCUACUAUAUUCCUUAUCUUUCAAUUCAACCAAGUAAACGAGGAUGGUGUGUUCUAAUCAAGUCUAAUCCAGUGGGUUAUAUUAAAUUUGACGGUGUAAUGGAAGAUGGUGUUGCAUACCAAGAUGAUGAGAUUUCACCAGUGAAUGAGGUAAUUGAAAUUGAGGAGAUUACAAGUUUGGGUGAUACUGUAGUUGUGGGUCAACAAGUUGACACAACCAUCUUGUUGUCAGCAAAUCACGUGGACGAAGAGGAAGAAGAGUCAGGAGACUCUGAAGACAACAAUAUCAUAUCUGAUGAAGACAAUGAUGAUUACGAAGAUGAAUAA